GUGUCGCGGCGCCGCGCCGGCUCCUCCUUCCCCGCCCUUCUCAGAGGUGCCCCGCUCCCUCCCUGCGCCUCCUCCUCCCUAGCCCGCAGCGGAGCUUCCCCUCCCCCACCCGUGGGGCUUCUCGGCGGCUACUGCAGAGGAUUCAGAGCGGAGUCGCUGAGAAGGAGGAGGCUCCCGGUCCCUGCGCGCCACCCGCCACCUUACUGGACACGGGCAAGGGAGCGAGAGCGUCGCCUCUGUAGCCUCCAGAGAAGACAAGGGCAUCACCGUCUCAGCCGCCGCCGCCGUUUUCUCCUGCAGCGGCUCGCCGGUGAGGAGAGCCCCCACCCCCCCGGAUCCUCCGUCUUCCACAAUGAACCCUGUUUAUAGCCCCAUGCAGCCUGGGGCUCCUUAUGGCAACCCUAAAAACAUGGCUUACACAGGUUACCCCACAGCCUACCCAGCAGCGGCCCCUGCCUACAAUCCCAGCCUGUACCCCACUAAUAGCCCCAGUUACGCUCCAGAGUUUCAGUUCCUGCAUUCAGCUUAUGCAACUCUGCUGAUGAAACAGGCCUGGCCACAGAACUCGUCUUCCUGUGGCACUGAAGGCACCUUCCACCUCCCAGUGGACACCGGGACCGAGAACCGAACUUACCAAGCAUCCUCUGCAGCUUUCAGAUAUACUGCGGGGACACCAUACAAGGUCCCACCGACCCAGAGCAGUACUGCUCCGCCCCCGUACUCCCCCUCACCCAACCCCUAUCAGACGGCCAUGUAUCCAAUCAGAAGUGCCUACCCCCAGCAGAAUCUGUAUGCCCAGGGAGCCUACUACACACAGCCAGUGUACGCUGCCCAGCCCCACGUCAUCCACCACACCACGGUCGUCCAGCCCAACAGCAUUCCCUCUGCCAUCUACCCGGCACCUGUAGCCGCCCCCAGGACCAACGGCGUGGCCAUGGGCAUGGUGGCCGGCACCACCAUGGCGAUGUCAGCAGGGACCCUGCUGACUGCCCCCCAGCACACCGCGAUUGGGGCACACCCUGUCUCCAUGCCAACAUACAGGGCCCAGGGGACCCCCGCGUACAGCUAUGUGCCGCCGCACUGGUAAAGCCUGCAGCCCAUCCAAAUCUGGAGUCACACAUUGUAUGCAACUACUCAAGUCUUACACAGGUGCUGGAGCAGUUCCCUGGCAGCCGCACCUCUAUUUGCAAGAAGAGACAACGGAAGUGCAAGGGUCACUUUAUGCAUCUUUAACGGUUUUGGUUUUUAUUUUUGAUUUUUGUAAAAGCUGCUUUUUAAAAUCUCCCGCCUCUCCUCGUAGCUGCUGCCCUUCCAGCUCUGUCCCUUCUCCCGCCUGACCAGGCACUUCCUCUCUGCUCUCCUUCCCGUCCCCCAGCAUCCAUUCCCUGGGGUCCCAUCUGAUGGCAAAUAGAGGGGGGGUUUCCUGCAGGGGUUCAGGGGAAGGUGCUGUUUCCUUCAGAGAGUGUGACAGAUGGAGCCCCCCGGUCCAGGGUGGCACUCGGAGCUGCUGAGCAGGCUACAUCUUUGGGGGAUUGUUUCCUUUUUUGUUUUUCUCAAGCAAGAUUCGUCUAGGACAUUACCAUGUCCUGACUCCAAUGAAAUGUGUUCUGAGAACCAUUGGAACAGACCAAGAACAAAACCACCCGAUUAGUUAGGAGUGUUUGUAGCAGCUUAAUAUAGCAGCUCCCAUUCUUUCGUUGGGAGAACUUGGCGGGGUGGGGGGCAGUUCGGGAGGGACGAGGGGGGAGGCGCUUACCUGCUGGCUUUGGUUUGCGAGGUCUCUGGCCAGACUGCACCGCCUCGACCCUCUCAUUUGCACGGCAGUGCGGACUGACCCGGCAUUUCCUCAGAAGUUGGUUUGGACCUCAGACCUGCUAAGCAGCUGCAGGGUGCGGGGAUCCCGGCCUCUCAGAGCCUUGGAGGGCCAGGUACCCUCUGUAAUCCAGACCUUGGCCUCGGAGCCCUCAUGGACCCACUCUGGUGAGGAUCCACCUCCUGAUUAGAGUGGGGACCUGUGGUGUUUCUCUCCCUUCCUUCUGCCCUUCCCAGGGCCAGGACUCACCCAUCUGUCCGUGGGGCCGGCAGGCAGGCCAGGCUCUUGGUUACCUUUGCCACUCACGGCCAAGGUGAGGGAACCACAUUCCAGAUGGGUGCUGGUGGCUUUGAAGGUCAGAAUAGUGAAGGAAAGCAAUAGCAAUAAACAUUUCAUAGACUCAUGGAACAGAAGGGACCUUAGCAAUCAUCUCAUCCAUUCCCCUGUUCGACAGAGGAGGAAGCCGAGGCUGAGAGAAGAGGAGAGGACUUCCCUGGAGCUUGUAGUAAGUUAGCAUUAAAUGCAGCCUUCCCACCUAGGGGCAUGUCGCCCACAAACAUUCACCUAGGGAUGGAUCGUCUUGGUUUUAUAAAAAUUAAGGCAGCAGGGCCCACAUCUGGUGAGCUCUGAAACAGCAUGUCUGGGUUUUUGUUCUUUUCCUCCACGAACUCCAAAGGCAGGGGUUAAAAACUGGGCAGAGGUUACAUGGGGGCAGAUGGCGGGAACAGAAAUCGCAAGAGAAGAAAUAGCAUUUGGUAAUUCUGUGAAGAGGUUUGGAACUCUCGUCCCAUACCUGAUUCCAACCCUAGGAGAACAGGCAGGUGGGCCACCUGAGAGUGUGUUUGAGGACAGCAGCUCCUCAUCCUCAGCAGGGAGGAGGACGAGGGAGAGGCCCAGGAAACAUGGGACCUCCUGGGAGAAGAGGGGUUCCUUGGACAGGAGGCUCUGCUCGUCUCAGCAAGAGGCUGGUCCAUCCAGCACUGUCCCCCUGUACCCAGCACUUGGCUGGGCCAGCAGCCCCCCAGUGGGGCUGGGGACAUUUUACUGUACAAAGUGCGAUCAUUGAUAACAUUUGGGACUUUUAAGUAACUUUUUCUGUUUAAAUUCAUGCAAACUUGGACAUAUCCUUACCCCUACCUCCUUUACUCCCUAAAGGAGGAAAAAUUCAGGAACCCUCGAGCCAGAAGGACCUCAGAGGUUGUCUGGCCAGUCCUAGAUGGGCAAAGCCCAUCAGCAUCCUUAGCCCAGAGCCAGGAGUUGGGGCCCACCUUCUUGGCCUUCCAGGGACCUGUAGGACCAGCAAAGAGAAACCCAACUAUUCUAAAUGGUCUGUCGAAGUUUCAUUUUAAAACAAAGUUUUCCAGUGUUAAUCCAUUUUUUUUUUUUUUUCAAAUACCUCCUCCUACUCUCUGGUUUUGUAAGGGUAGAUGAAGGGUGGUUAUAUUAUGUUUGGAAAAUGCCAAAAUAAUGAUAAUAAUAGUAAGAGGGAACUUCUGCAUUUGUCAGGUGCUUCAUAGGUUUCAGAGCACUUCACGGCCUUUAAUGUACCGGCCCCGGGACAGAGAGACAGGGUCAGACAAGGAAACUGGGUCUAGAGCAAAGGGAACUGCCCCAAGUGAGCAGCUGCUGGUGUCCCGACAGCCUCCCCUGGUCCCUGCCACCCGCAAAGGGCUGGAGUAGGGCCGCAGAGACAAGGGAGAAAGGGGAGACUUAGGAAUGACCUUGUUAUUUCUGUUCUUUCCACACCAGUAAGUAAAAACUAAUGUCUGGUACCUUGUAGUUCACAGAGCAACUUCCCAUCCACCCUCUGCUAUAACCCUGUGAAUUAGAGUGUUCCUCCCGUUUGAUUCAUGAGGAAACUCAGAGUGACUUGCUCCAAAGUGGCAGAGCCACUCGAAUCCCAGUCUGUCUGCUGUCUUUUCCCUCCAGUCUGACUCCACCAAACACAGCCGUGCAGACGGAGACCUCUGCACCCUCUCUCAGCCCUAGUCUGCAAUUCGGAAUCCUGUUAGGCCCCAGGGCGUAAACAAAGCUGUGGUCUGGAAGAGCCGAGCCCAGUGCCCCUGUUUCAGUAUGAUUGUUGGAGCCCCAGCUCCGCUGGCCGCACCCUCUGGCUUCGAUGGAGAUCCGCAGGCCUGGCCAGGCUUGGGGAAUCGUCGCGGAGGGCCUGAGCUGGGGGGCCGGGGCGGCGCUGUGCUUUGCUGGGGUGAGCACACCCGGUAGUCUGACGGGGGUCUGUCAGGAGGCACCAUGGGCGUCACCCAAAGAUACCGGGUGACCCACUGGUCAGGCCGGACAAAAGGUCAGAGCUGGAAGGGCCCUGUCAUUGUAGGAAGGCCAGCAAGCCGGAGGACGGGGGUGUGCCCACCUGACAGUGAGCUGCAGUGCUGGUCCCACUUGCCACCCCCCACCCCCCCAAACCACGGCUGGGCGGCCAGCAUCUGGGGUGCCAGUGGUUCCACAACCAGCCCUCCUCACUUCCCCCUCUUCUGUCUGAAUCCCUCUCAGUCUGGGGCCCAGAAAGCUGUGGUGCCCCCAGAUGGUGAGAGCCUGAAGCAGUCUGCCACAUUUUGGAAAAAAUGUUUAAAAUUUCUUCCCCACGAGACAGGGCAGUUGCUGCUUCUCUCUCUCUCUCUCUACUAGCAAUGACCCUGAAGUGAAAUUCUGUUCUCAUCCCUUAAAUAUUGAACAGGACACAUACUUAUUCUGAGUGGCUUUUCAUGUACAAAGUACUUUGACAUUGAUUGCCAAAAUACCCAUUUUGUAGAUGGAAAAAACUAAGUCUCAGAGGCUUAAAAGACUUGCCAAAGGUCACAGAGCUCAGAAGAGAAAGCCAGCGUUUGAACUCUUCAGAUCCCUGGCCUUCUGGUGGUACCUGCUGGGUCCGAGUGGCAGGCGUGAGGAAGGGGCGGGCUGCCGUCUGCCCGUGGGGAAGGGCCAGGCCCUAGGCGCAGGGCCCAGUCCUUACGCCUUACCCAUUUCUUACCUCUGACUACCCAAACUGUUCUAAGUUUCUGAGGUCUCCCAGGUGUCUAGGGGUGCUUCUUCAGAGGGGCUUGCUUUGUUCUGAGUGGCCUUGAGAAAUGAAUUGUGGGGCACAAAGUAGGGCAGGCCUCUCGGUCACCAGAUUGUGUCAUUGUGCGGUGGACUCGGCCGGUCUCAGCAAGGCACUGGCUUAGCCAGGCCAGGAGCCCUGCUUAUCAGAUUCCUCAGCUCCGCUGUGGCCAGAGAGGGAGAGGGAGGGCCUGGGAGGCGUGCGUCUUGUUCUUGGUGUGGCCUCGGUCACAGCACUCUGAAUAGAGUAAUCAUUUGGAGGUCACCAUGGCAUCGCUCCUCGAUUGCAGUUGAAAGUACACAGGAGCUCUGCUUUUCCAUUCUGCACUUGACUGCGUCACUGCAGGCCACAUGGUUACCAGCUGCUUGCCAAGCUUGGAGACACAGAGAGGGAUUAGUCAGGCAGUGCAGUGGGCUCCAGGCCGCUGCGUAGCCCUGGGAACUCGGGCCCAACCCACCUCCGAAAGCAGCGUCACAGCAGAGGACCCUCAGCCAGGCUAACAUCAGAAUCCACACUCGGGCCUCUGAGAGCUCAGGCUCCUAUGGGGCGUGUCAAGCUGGCUGCAGGAUUUGUCGUUUACCUGUCCCUGUCCCUGUCCCCUCUCCUAGAGAAUGAAUUUCUGAAAUCAGGUGUUACAUGGUUCCAGGACCCGGCCUUUAAAGUCCCUGCCAGGCCAGCUUCGACAUUCCAUUGCCAACCUCACCUGAGCCAGACUUGGUCCCACUCACUCAGUUCAGUGGCUACUCUCUAUCUUACAUGCUGUUGAGUUCAGCCCAGUGGCCAAGUGAGCAGCACAGGAAUUAGGACUGGUUGUCAUAAAGCCUUCCACUUCCCUGUGGCUGCUUCCCUAGUCCCCAGGCUUCUUGCUGUGGCGGGGAGACCCUGUCCCCAUUCCAGUUCUUGGUGGAGGGCUGUUUUCCUUCCGGAAGAGAACAGAUAGAACGGCUUUGCGGAUGAGUACAGUACCAGCCCAUGGGAGUCACCUGGGUGAAGCCAUCUUUGAGCCCGACCCCGGCAAGACCAGCAUCUGCAGGCUCCAGCGUCCUCCUCAAGCCUGAGAACCAGCGGAGUGGGGCUGCCCAGCCAGCCAGUCCCCGGGCUCUGUGGGGGCACUCGGGCUUCUCCUCACCAAGGGGAGGUAAGACCAGGCCUCUAGCAACUUGGAGUUGUCUGUAACGACCUUUAAAGGCCCAGAGGCCUGUCCCCAUCUCCUGACUAUAAGGCAUCUGCACCUGUUUCAUAUCACACGACGGAAACCCGUUCUCAUGGCAUGUGACAUCCUGUGAGAGUGUUGUAUAUGAGUUUGUAUUUUUUAAUUCAUUUUAAUCUACAGGUUGGAAUCUAAUUUUUAAACUUUAUUGGAAUUUGCAUUUUAAAAGCAAAAAUGUUUAAAAUAAUAAUAAACCUUUGACCAGUGUCUUCCAAGUAGUUUGAUCAAAGAACUUACAGGUGUUUUCAAAACACAGCCUGGAGUGCAAAGAUCGGGAAGCCCCACAGGCCUCGCUUGUGUAUAUGAAGUGUAAAUUUGGUUUGGUUUUGUUGUUUCGGAUUCCUUUGGGCUUUGUUUCAUUUUGUUUUGAAGAUCAGAUAGUGAUCACUCUGAAAGAUUGAAGCCAAGAAUUUGUAACUAUGAUAUUUACUGUAAGCUGUAGAACAUUCAAUAACUAUUAAAAAAAGUUUCCAAAAAAAAGUCUGGGUGACCAGACUGGUGGUUCUUGGGGCAGGGGACACAGACCACCCCUGGGCAGUGAGUCCCCUGCGCCUACCUCCAAGUUGGCUCUAAACUUGCUUUCCCCGGUCAGGUAAUGCCUGUGCUGCAUCUCCCUGCAGGCAGAGUGGGCUGCCCUGGGCCUCAGGUGAGGGGCCUGGGACGGGCCUGGGACGGGGCCAUCAGCACCUGGACUAAGGGGUCUGAUGCAGGAGCACAGGCAGCCGUGAACGAUGGAGGCCGACGUCUCACCGAGUGCCCACCGUACGUGGCUGGUGCGGCACUGUCUGCGUGGUAACUGUCCGCACAGCGCAGUGGAAGUGAGCCCGGUUGUCAGGCCUGUCCUCAGUAGGGACAGCUAAGGAAGAGCAGGUGAAGCUUUGUUUCCAGGGUCCUGAGAGGCGCCGUCCCCUCCUGAGAGCCCCGGGGAGAAGUCGGUGGCGCAGAAAGGAGAGGACACUGCCCCUCCUGCCUGCCUUCCCGGAGCAACCCAGCAGUCUGCCCUGAGCCCUUGCCCUGGAACGCGUCCCUGCCCCAUCCAGUCCAGGCUGGAGUACCCACGUGAGUGCCUCCAGAGGGUGCCUACCCCAGACCUGUCUCGAGAGUGCUAGGCCUUCACGUCCAGAUGCCUCAGCACAUCCAGUGGGGCUGUGUCCCGGGUGCCCCAGGACUGCACCUCUUCACCCACCUGGCUGUCCCAGCUGUCCCUAACCCCCAACCUACAUCCCAUUACUACGCCUGGUGGUGGUGUCCUCAGAAUCUAUUGGUGGAUCCAUCCAUUUCUGUCACCCCUGCAGCCCGGACCCCAGCCCCUCUUGCCCGGAUGUCCCCCGGAGCUCCCACUCCGCACCUGCCAAGGACAAGCUGACCGUGCUUCCCCUUCCCGCAUGCUUUAGAAGCCCCGUGGUGUCCCUGGGGUCUGGCUGAUGGCUUCCUAGUGCCCACCCUCUCCCCAUCCCCCAUCUCCACACCUGUCAAGAGGCUUCUACUUCCAGCCGCUCCAACUCCUCGUACUUGUCAGCUGGCCUUUGCAUUUCUGUCACCAUUCGGUGGAACUUGUUCCCCCUCCACGGGCUCCACCCGCACUGUGUGACCCCAUCCACCUUCCGGGCCCCACUCCCUCUGGAGCCGCGCCGUCCAGCAAGGAGCUGCCUGCCCCGGGCGCUGUGAAGCCCUUGAAAUUCACUGCUUCGUAAUGAGGUGUGGUUUGUGUGUCCAAUACACACCAGAUUGCAAAGCAGAGAUACUAACAGCUCACUCAUCACUUUAUACUGAUUGUGUAUUGCAAUGAAAACAUUAUAGACAUCGCCUGGGUUAAAUAGAAUGCAUUACUGAUAUCGUUAAAAUUAACUUCACCUGUUUGUUUCUACUUUUUAAAACGUGGUUAAUAGAAAAUUUUAAAUUACA